AUGGAUGAAAUUUGUAAUAUAUUAAAGGAAUACACAGAAACAGCAAGUGAUAAUAUAAUUGAUUUAUUCAAAGAAUACAGCGCUAGCACAAAAGAUAAAGCGGAGGUUCAUUCGAGACUAAAAAAAAUAAAAUGUACUAAACUAAUGGCCUUUGAUGCUAAUGGUUUGUACGCUUCUGCCAUGUCGGAUUUAGACAGCGAAUAUCCGAGAGCGGAAUGUGGUAGACCAUUUCGACAAGAAGAAAAUAAAGAAUUUGUUAAGCUCUUUAAUGAGCAGAAAUUCAGACCUAGAACUGCUAUUUUAAAAGUCUGGUUUGAAUAUCAUACCAACAUGUUCUUCCAACCCAUACCAGCUAAAGAUAAAAUCACUUUCAGGAAUAGAAUAGGUAAAAAGGAAACUGGUAACAAAAUCAGGUUCAGAAAUGGUUUCUCUCGCGACGUUUUAACAUCAGUCGAUAUUCAAGAAAUAGUGAAAGCUGGCGGACGACUUAUUAAAAUAUUAGAUGCGCCAAAAAUUAAAUACAAUAUCAUUCUAACUUCCGAUGGUGUUCUAAAAGAAAUAAAAACGUUUAAGGGUUACUCUAAAGAUAAGAUAACCGUAGACGUUUAUAUUCGAUUAGCUAAUGGUCACGAUGUAACGAAUGAAUUUAAGAAACCAUGGGUAAAAAGAUUCAUCAAUGGAGUAGUUAUUCCAAAGGAUGAUGAUAAACAAAAGAAAGUUUUUAGAAGUUAUCUAAAUCUCGUUAAGAGAAAAGCUCCGGACAAUGAAGGAAUCAUGUAUCCUUACAACGACGGAAAAGAAUUGAACAUGGAUGAAAACUACGAAUUUGAUGAUUACGAUUAUCUAACUAUUCAAGAAGAGAAUGAAGAGUGUUAA